AUGUCUGGAUCUGGAGGUUCCGAAGUGAGAACUCCAAUUUUCUCUGGUGAGAACUACGAGUUUUGGAGAACCAAGAUGAUGACGAUUUUUAAAUCACAUGAGUUGUGGAAUUUGGUAGAGAAGGGAGUUAAACCUUCUGAUUCGGGGAAGAAGAAGGAUGAAGGAUCAUCGGAGGAUGAUGUAGAUGGACAAAUGGCUGCUGUGUUGAUGCAAAAUGCAAAGGCUUUGGGAAUCAUUCAGAAUGCAGUCUCGGAUAAAAUCUUCCCUCGAAUCGCCAAUGCUGAAUCAGCGAAGGUGGCAUGGGAUUUGUUGUACGGAGAAUAUGAAACGACCCGACCCAAUUUCCACUUUGAAAUCCGGGCCGAAUCCUGUUUAAAACUAACACCUGGUAACUGUGGGUCUUAA